CAUUGUGCUUCGUAACGACAAGAUGAAGCAAAGAUUCUCCUCCAUAGAUGUCAAGGUCAUCGCCCACGAGCUUUCCAAUGCCUUAGUCACUCUGCGCGUCUCAAAUAUUUACGACCUCUCUUCGAAGAUAUUCCUCGUGAAGUUCGCCAAACCAGACAACAAGCAACAGAUCAUUAUCGACUCGGGUUUCAGGUGUCAUCUUACAGAGUUCUCUCGUGCUACAGCAGCUGCGCCAUCGGUCUUCAUCCAACGGUUGCGAAAGGUCCUGAAGACACGAAGAGUCACAGCGGUUUCGCAGGUCGGCACAGACAGAAUCAUAGAAUUCCAGUUCAGUGAUGGACAAUACAAGCUAUAUUUGGAGUUCUAUGCAAGUGGCAAUAUUAUCCUGACAGACAAAGAGCUGAACAUUCUGGCCUUGUUGCGGAUUGUCGGAGCUGGCGAAGGACAAGAAGAGCAGAGGGUUGGUCUGAAAUACUCCUUGGAGAACAGACAGAAUUAUGGAGGAAUUCCACCUUUGACGAAGGAACGAUUACAAGAUGCAUUACAAAAGGCUGUAGAGAGAGGGGACGGCGGUCUUGUGGCCGGCAAGAAGGCGAAGAAGAAGGCAGAUGAGCUGAGGAAAGCAUUGGCUGUUUCUAUCACGGAAUACCCUCCUAUGCUUGUCGACCAUGCCAUGCGUAUCACGAAAUUUGACUCAAGUCUGAAGCCAGCAGAUAUUUUGGGAAACGAGGGCCUCUUAGACCUUUUGAUGAGGUCUCUACAGGAAGCACAAAGAGUCGUUCAGGAGAUCACAAGUUCCGAGGUUGCAAAAGGCUAUAUUAUUGCAAAGAAGAAAGAUGGUUACGAAGAAGCCACGGAAGAACAGCAAUCGAGAAAGUUCGUUUUGUACGAGGACUUUCAUCCGUUCAGACCGAGGCAGUUCGAGGGUGAUCUAACUACUGUUUUUCUGGAAUUCAAGGGUUUCAAUAAGACUGUGGAUGAGUUCUUCUCCUCCAUUGAAGGUCAAAGAUUAGAGUCUAGGCUUGAGGAGAGGGAACUCACUGCCAAGCGGAAAAUCGAAGCAGCUCGACAAGAUCAGGCCAAGCGUUUGGGGGGAUUGCAGCAAGUGCAAGAAUUGCAUAUCCGGAAAGCGGAAGCUUUAACUGUCAAUGCAGAAUGGGUCCAAGAAGCUAUAGAUUCUGUCAAUGGUCUGAUCGAGCAAGGAAUGGAUUGGGUUGAGAUAGAAAAGCUUGUCGAACGGGAGCAGAAACGAAAGAAUCCAGUGGCAGAACUGAUCAAACUGCCUCUGAAGCUCCAAGAAAAUAUCAUUACUCUACUACUUGACGAAGAAGAGUUCGUCGAGGACGAUGACUCUGCUUACGAAACUGAUAGCGAUGCAUCGGAUCUCGAAGAUGAGGAUGCAAAGCCAGAGCCCAAACAGAAGAAAGAGGAUAAGCGUCUGACAAUCGAUGUCAAGUUGAGAUUAUCGCCAUGGGCUAAUUCGAGAGAGUACUACGACCAGAAACGAUCUGCUGCGGACAAGGAGCAAAAGACGUUACAAGCUUCGACAAAGGCAUUAAAGAGCCAAGAAGCUAAGAUUGCCCAGGACCUGAAGAAAGGACUGAAGCAAGAAAAGGCCAUACUACGUCCCGUACGCAGACUGAUGUGGUUUGAGAAAUUCAUUUGGUUCAUCUCCUCCGAUGGAUAUCUUGUUCUAGGUGGAAAGGAUGCCCAACAGAACGAGAUGCUAUACAAGAAGUAUCUCAAGAAGGGAGAUGUCUAUGUUCAUGCCGACCUUCACGGCGCAGCAACUGUCGUCAUCCGCAAUAAUCCCAAGACACCAGAUUCUCCAAUCCCACCAUCGACAUUAUCACAAGCAGGUACAUUGGCUGUCUCGUGUUCAUCUGCAUGGGAUUCAAAAGCUGGUAUGUCAGCAUGGUGGGUCAAUGCUGACCAAGUAUCGAAGUCUGCACCUACAGGAGAAUUCUUACCGACUGGCAGCUUCAUGGUCCGAGGAAAGAAGAACUUCCUUCCUCCAGCAGUGUUACUUCUAGGAUUUGGAGUCAUUUUUCAGAUUAGUGAAGAGAGCAAGGCAAGACAUGUUAAACAUAGACUCGUGGAAGAGGAUCCAAUAAGUAGCGAAUUUGGAUAUGGCACCGGUGCUACCCAAUCUCUGGGUGGAGACGGUCAAGCCGAUCAAGAUGAUGACGAAGGCAGUGUAGCUGAGGAUCACGAAUCUGAAGAGGAACCCGAGGAUGAGCAGCCCCGAACCAAUGCUCUCCAGCCUGAAACUCACACCGAACAAGACGAUCAAGAGGAGCCUACUGAGGAGAUGUCUAAGCUUGACAUCCAUGGUGUAGCUGGCGAAGUAGAGGAUCUUUCUCCUGAGGACCAGGUUGCGAACCAGGCAGGCGAUACCGAAGCAGACCCGCAAGUAGCUGAGAAGGAGGAGGAAGCUUCAGAUGAGGACUCAGACAACGAGACGAAUGCCGACAACACGCACCCAUCAACUGGUACCCAGACUCCAAGUCAGCAGGGCACAGCCAAGAAAGGACCUCCGCCACCCAAGCGAGGCAAGAAAGGCAAAGCCAAGAAAAUGGCUACAAAAUACAAAGAUCAAGACGAAGAAGAUCGCAUCGCAGCACAACAACUCAUCGGCGCCGCCGCUGGUCGAGAGAAAGCAGAGGCCGAGGCGAAAGCCAAGGCAGCACGAGAAGCUGAGCUAGCGUUCCAAAAAGAGCGCCGAAAGGCUCAACAUCAACGCACUCAAAAGGAAACUGCUGAACACGAGGAGAUUCGCAAGUUGAUGUUGGAGGAAGGCCAAGAAGUGCUAGACGAAGGCGAGGAGGAGAAGAUGACUAUCUUCGAAUCUCUGGUUGGUACACCGCUCAAGGGAGAUGAGAUUCUUGAGGCCAUCCCGAUAUGUGCUCCUUGGGCAGCGAUGGGGAAGUACAAAUACAAAGCCAAGCUGCAGCCAGGUGCACAGAAGAAGGGGAAGGCUGUCAAGGAGAUUUUGGGGAGGUGGUUGAAUGAUUCGACUGCGAAGGGGAAGGUCGACGAGAGUGCGACUGAUACGGAGAGGAUGUGGCCAAGGGAGAUUGAACUUCUGAAGGGUUGGAAGUUUGAGGAGGUUGCGAACACGGUGCCGGUUGGGAAGGUUAGGGUUAUGAUGGCUGGUGGAUCGGCCGGGCAAUCGAGUAAAGGUGCGCCACAGAAAGGGCGGGGAGGUAAAGGUAGUAAGAAGCAAGGUAGAUGAUGAACAAGACGCCUGACUUUGGGCCAAUGAAUAUAUGUUGGCAUCGCCAG